AUAUUCGGAGAGCUUCGUCGGAGCGGGAUUCGCGGCUGUUGUCGCUCUUCUCGGGUGUUUGUGGAUCCAGCGUCGAACGUAUCUUUUUGUGCAUGUGCGUUAGUUUGCUUUUAGCAGAGCGUAAUGUAGAGGUGUAAUAAUUCACGCCCCCUCGAUUCGACGGCACAAAGCGAAUCGAGGUGCCGUGGUCCUUUUAUGUGUGUGCAUGUGUGCUUGCGUGCGUACGUGUAUGCUAAUACCACGACUCGCGUGCCAAGGCCUCGGCAAGGCGCUGAGCGACCUCUCUGCUUCCUACAACAGGGAACGAGAGACCAGGGAGCGACUUCAUAACGUGGCUCUGGAGCUUGAAGAGGAACGCACUUGCAGUGCAACUCUGCACACUCAAAUCGCUAUGGGGGUCCGAGCUCUGACUGAGCUGCAGUCGUCACAAGAGCAGCUGCUGGGUCAGGUGCAAGAAACCGAGCACAGGGAGGCGAGGACUGCAGGGAAGCUGGAGUGCGCGCUGGCAGAGCUGCGUGCCGCAGCUGCUGAACGCACAGACUUGGCCAAGGCGUGCGACGACUUGCGCAAAGCGUCCGAUUUGAAGGCGGAACAAAUCGCCACCUUGGAAAGGAAGGCCAAGAGGUAUGUGGUCGUUAGCCGGGAGCUGGAACAAGAGAAUCGCCAGCUUUGCAAGGACCUCCAGGACUACUCCAAAAAGGAUCGCACGGAGGUGAGCAUACUCCAGAAACGACUCGAGGACUCUUGUGCAGAAGCCCAAAGGUGGAAGAACGACUAUGAAUUGCUGCAGGCCAGGGUCGCACCCUUCCAGUUGCAGCUGGAGCUUUAUGACGUUGAGAGGCGCCACCUGGCAGAGAGAAACCAGGCUACCGAAUCGGAGCUGUCCAAGUUGCACCACAAGUUCUCUGAGCUGAUGGGUCACCAGAACCACAAGCAGAAGAUCCACUACCUCACCAAAGUCACCGAAGAACGGCAGCAUUACCAGGCGGGGGUCCUCAAACUGCAGGAGCAAAACCUCAAGCAGAUGAAGCUGAUCCAAAAGCUGGAGCUUGAAGUCAAACGUUGCUCUCUCAAGCCCCCUCUUGCUUCUCAUAAGGAAAACCUGUUUCCGUGAACUGCGCACUGAUCCGAUUUCGCAUACACCUGUCGCUGCUCCUAUUGUAAGCAUGCAGCCUUCAAGCCAAUUGGACUGGUAUUUAUUAUACCAGGAUUUUUACUGUCAUUUUAUUUUUAGAUUAUAUAUGUGAAUUUUUAAACGUGCAGAAUAAAAAGUAUAAGAAAACAUGGUA